CCGCCCACACAUUUCUACUCCAACGACUGCGACACCCUUCAACAGAUCCUUGACGCUGCGAAGCUUCAGAAGCCUUGUCAUUCUAUCAUCUGAUUUGAUCUGAUUCCAUCAUGACUCUAUUACGACCUCGGCUUCCGCUCACGCUUUUCCUGCUCUCCUCCGCGCUCGGCGCCCGCGCCGACUGCUUCAUCGACAACAAUGGCUUCGAGCGCUGCCGUAUCUCAACCGGCGCGCGCAUCGCCAUCGCCGUCUGCCUCGUCGUCGGGCUCAUCCUCCUCCUCGGUGCGCUUGGCAUGUAUCGCCAACGUCGCCAGCGCCAAGCAAACCUUGCCUACGUGCACGCAUCUCAAAACCAAAACGCGUACAAUCCCAACUCCGUCUACGUCGCCAACGGGCAGUAUCCCAGCCCCGGUGGCGGUGGGGGAGGAGGGUGGCAGCAGGGCGCGCAGUACCCGCCGCCCCAGUAUCCGCCGCAGACGUUCCAAGGGCAGAACGGAGGGUACGGGUACGGAUACGACCCGAACCAGGGCUUCGCCCCCCCUGCUGGGCCCCCGCCGAACCACACCGGCUACGACGCAGGGGGAACGCCUGGCGCGCCGGGAUCGCCGCCGCAGUACUACCCGCCGCCGCCUGGCGUGCCGGGGUUCGCGGCGAACGGCAAGACGGGCGCGUGAGGAGGCCCUCGAAACCGUGCAUGGACUUGUUUGCGAUUCGUCGCCGCUUCAUUCAACUUUCUGUAUUCGUGUGUUUGUACUUAAUUGGUGGGCUCCUCGUGAGUUGUGUUUGGAACGAGACGGGUUGCCGGUUGCCCCUGGUACGGUACUCGGGACAGCCGGACAUCCCAUAAUAUUAUCUUAUCAAAUAACUGGCUAUAACUGGUCUGCGACGGCUAUGUCCGCGCCCGCCGCUGGACAGCAGUCGACAGUGACCACGCCUUUCAAUCGACAUUUAUUCACAAGGACCUUUGGUCUUUCUGUACGUGC